UUGACCACAUGCGCACACCGCCGGCGCAGACUCGCAGCGGGACAAGGACGACGUGCAGGCGGACUGGACAUGUCGCGGGCUGCGGAGAGGAUCCGGCUGACGAUCGGUCACCUUGAUCGGUCACCGGCUGUGGUCGCUGCACUGACUUCCUGUCAAAGCCUCAACUUUCACCCUCACAAACUCAGAUACACGCUGGAUGAAAAGGAGCUGCUGAGCGCAGAGGAGCGACUCUUCUACGAGCAAAAUGGCUUCUUUGUUGUGAAGAAGCUGGUGUCUGCUGAGGACGUGGACUUGUUCCGGAAGGCGUUUGAGCGCAUUUGUCAGCAGGAAGUCAAGAUGCCCGGUCUGGUUGUGAUGAGAGACGUCGCCAUCGCCAAGUCCGAGUUUGUUCCGGAUCAGAGAGCCGUGUCCAAACUCCAGGACUUUCAAGAGGAUCCUGAACUUUUCCGCUACUGCACCUUGCCACAGGUCCUGAAGUAUGUGGAGUGCUUCGUCGGAGCGGACAUCAUGGCCAUGCACACCAUGCUCAUCAACAAACCUCCAGAUGCAGGUAAGAAAACCUCCCGCCACCCCAUGCACCAGGACCUGCACUACUUCCCCUUCAGACCCGCCGACCGCAUUGUCUGCGCCUGGACAGCCUUGGAGCGGGUGAACCGGCAGAACGGCUGCCUGGUGGUCCUGCCAGGAACGCACACGGGCACGCUGAAGGAGCACGACUACCCGGACUGGCAGGGUGGUGUGAACAAGAUGUACCACGGAGUGCGGGACUACAACCUUCAACACCAGCGUGUGCACCUGGAGAUGGAGAAGGGCGACACCGUCUUUUUCCACCCGUUGCUCAUCCACGGUUCUGGCAUGAACCAGACCCAAGGCUUUCGGAAGGCCAUCUCCUGCCACUACGCCAGCUCUGACUGCUACUACAUAGACGUGAAGGGAACCACGCAGGAGAACAUCCAGGAUGAAGUGAAGGAGCUGGCGGCCAAGAAAUACCCCAUGGCUGACAACAUCUCCUUCCAGGACACCUGGGCCUUCAGAGGCCGCCUGGUGCAGGGAGAGAGACGCUCACUUUAAGGUGGCCUGAAGAGGACCGAGUCAGCUGCUAACUCUGCAGCAGGGCCGGCCCGUGGCAUAGGCCGCAUAGGCAAAUGCUAAGGGCGCCGUCCAUCAGGGGGCGCCACGCCAGUGCCACAAAUGUUGGAGGAAAAAAAAAAAAAGUUGGUACUAUUAUUUCUAAAUACAAAAAAUAAUCCAACGUUAAUUAAAAUGCAAAGUAAAGCCUAUAUAA